CGAACUAAAACGAGCCCCAAGUAAUUAUUAAUUAAUCCAUACUUAAAAAAGGGGAAAUUUAGAAGUGAGAGGGUAAGUAAAUUGGGAGGAAACCCACUCCAUCGAAUCCUCCAAUAAGCAGCUGCUGACCGUCCCCUAAUGCUUCCGGUCAGAUGUACGGCCAACUCAUUCCUUAUCCCAUCUGCCCGAUGUUUCUCCCUUUCAGCUCCGGCGCACCUUAGCACCCUCUAUGGAGAGCGAAUCCCCUACACCUACCCCUAGGCUUCACGCGGGUGGACGUGAAGACUGUUGGAGUGAAGGUGCUACUGAAACCCUAAUCGAAGCAUGGGGCCACCGCUAUCUCACUCUUAACCGCGGUAAUCUCCGUCAACACGACUGGAAAGAAGUCGCUAACUCCGUUAACUCACGUCAAAACGGCGUUAAGCCUCAACGCACUCAUCUACAGUGUAAGAACCGUAUCGAUACUUUAAAGAAGAAAUACAAACUUGAGAAAACCAAGUCAAUUCCGUCAAAAUGGCCGUUUUAUAACCGCCUUGAUUAUCUCAUUACUAGACCACCGGCUGCCACAUCAUCAGUUACCGUUAAGUCAUAUUCGAGUGGUUCAAAUGACAAUAGGAUGGAGUAUGUAGGGUUAUAUGAGGAGAGUAAUAUGGCGUAUAAGGAAUUAUCGCGUGCAAUAUUGAGGUUUGGAGAGAUAUAUGAAAGGAUUGAAAGCUUAAAGCAGCAAAAAAUGAUGGAAUUGGAGAAGGAGAGGAUGGAAUUCACUAAGGAACUUGAGGUUCAAAGGAUGAAUAUGUUUAUGGAAACUCAGUUGAAGAUCGAGAGGUCUAAACAACGUCCUGCCAAGCAUCCUUGUUCGACAGGAGAUAAGUCCACAAUUGGUGAAAGAUUUGAUGCAUGGCUUGGAUCAUUCGACCCUUAUGUGGGAUGCCGACAACAAUGAUAGGUCAGGAUGUAAUGUUGUAGAGUUGUAGGAGUGUUAUUAAUCAGAUCUCCACGUGUUGGUGCAGGUAACACUAUAGAGAUCUCACACACUUUUGGAAUGGGGUCUUUUCUCUGUCUUGGGAGGCAUGCAACUUUCAUUAACCUCUUCUCCAAUUGAUUGUGCGGGAGAUUGUUUGACUAUUCUCAUAUCCCUAAACUUCUUUCUCUUUUCUGAAUCUCUCUUCUCUCUCUUUUCCUAAACCCUCUGUUAUCUCAUCUCAACCUCUUUUGAAAUCUUCGCCUUCUCUCUUAACUCCCCUAGAGCUGUUUACUCGUGCUCUUAUCUGCUACCCAUCUUCUUUUUGUCUACUUGUUUAGUUGAGUAGCAAUCACUAAGUAACUGAACUUUAGCAUACGAUGACGAGAUAGGUGAUUGUUGCAAGGUUGGCAAGAUAAUAUAGGUAGGAAUUUACCACUUAUUUCAUGAAAAAAAGAAAGAUAAAAUAGGUAGGAAAUUAGGAAUAUGGUGUUUUUGGCUGGAAACAAAAGUUUCAAGUUGUUGGAGCUAAGUGAUAAUGUGUUUGCAACUGUUGAGAGGAGGAAAAGUUUUAUCAACUGAAUUACUAUUGAUAACUUCAGCAUUCUUGACCUCUUUCAAUAUAUGAAAUGGGCUUCUGAGGGGAAACACAAGAUAUGUAGGAGAUGGAGAAACACCUAUCAACCUAAUCAGAAAAAUAAAAAAAUUUCUGAUAAAAAAAUAACGUUAUCAAAAAUGGAGAAACACCAAUCAAUUAUAUUCCUACCAUGUCAUCCAAAACUUUAAUUCUUUUGGAAGGUAUAUUAGAGUCCUUGAUGUCCUUGAAGGUAAUGCUGGAUGGGAAUAUUCAGGGAAUAAAAUAAGGAAUUUUCUUGAUAAAUGGGUGAAUCAGCUUGAAGAUUCGCAAACAGGUAACAAGAAAGGAACCGAUGCCCAAGUAGCUCAAAUCAAGGCAUGGCCCACACAAUAUCAAGAUCGUGGAAAAUGAAUCUUGAGUGCAAUCAGUUCAAGAUCGACAUAUGCUUUAUUAAAGGCAAAAUGGAAUGUCUGAGUAGAUGUUUAGUUAGUUCUGUUGGCCGCAGUGAUUUUGAUUCCUCCGAAUCACAUUGAACUACAACAAUGGGUAGAUAGAACUUGGAGGAUUCAAGCAGGUGUUGUAAUUAAGGAAUGAGUGGUGGUUAUUUCUUGAUUGAAUUUCCAUCGAGGGUUGAGGUGAAAAGAUCUAAAAAUGGGAGGUGAAACUUCAAUAAAUAUGAAUUGCAUUUGGAGUGAUGGUCCCAGUCAUGUCUGGAUAAAGUUGCUGGUUUUCCUUCUUAUCAGAGAAGUCCUCAAGACAAUUGGAGAUCGAUUCCCUGGAUUCUUAGAAAUUGAGAAGAUACCGGAAAUAGAACCCAUACGAUAGGAUGUGUGAGAUUUACCCGCAUCAAAUUUUGGGAUCACUGAAGCUUAUUGUUGAUGAUCUUGAAGUCGAGGUGCCAUUAUGGGUUGAAUCGUAAGCGUGGGCGGACAAGAUAAGCCGGAGGGAAAUUCGUCACUGGAAUGUGUGUGCAGCAACACAGCGGUGCCUCAAUGAGGUUGGGAAGGGUGAGAUAUUGGAGUGCUGACAGAGCAGAAAAUGAAUAGAUGAUGGAAGCUGUUCGUUCAUCCAGAAGUUUAAAAGCUCAGAAGGGAAGUGUCAAAACAUUAAUUGGCCUUCAGGUAGCCUAGAAGUUUUAAAAAAAAUGAUUGACAGUAGAAAGUCUUCUUCAGAGUUUAUUGUGUUGUCAAUACUUGGAGUUUUUGAUGUUGGUAUCUCUUGGGAUCAAGAUGGGUCCGAGGAGAUGGACCAAUCGAUCCCCAAUGUACUAAAGCAAUUUCGAAAGAUCGUCAAAAACUUCCAUACAGGCGUAUGACAUGGUGUGGCGCUGAAGAAUGACUGCUGGUGGCCUGUGGAGGCACAUGGGAACUCCUGUUGUAGCGUGGCUUUUUGGGCUUGAUUCACAUGAAAAUUUUGAGUUGAUAGGUACUACUGGUUUAUGUACAGCACUCACAGAAAGCAACAGAAACUUUAACAGAUGCGACAAUAGCAUCCCAGGCACCACGGUUAAUAAAUAAAUGAAAAGAAGCCGAAAAAAUGCACGCACCAGGAAAAUUCUUCUGCUAGACAUCGGCUGACAAGGAGUAAUUUCACAAUAACUUUGAUACCAUAUGAGAUAGAAGAGAGAUAAAAGGAGAACAGAUUCAGGAAAUAUCUGAAGACAAAUGUAAUAUUCACACUUUCAAUGUUUAUAGUCGCAUUUCGUGAUGUGGAACACUUUUAUACAAAUCUUCUAGAUUACAUAUGAGUAUAAUCUAUUUACCUUCAUCAAAAAACAUAUGAGUAUAAUCUAUUUACAACCAUCAACAUGGUUAUUACUUGUAAGAAAACAGUAGAAAUUUUGGAUUGGUAUUUCCUUCAUAGUAAGCAAAACUGUAUAUUUGACACUUCAAAUUUGAAGCUAGUCAGAUGUGGUUUAUCUCGGUGACUCGGUCUAUUUCAUUUUGACCAGAAUGUUCGCACUUUGUUUACUUACUAAAUCCUACUACAUCGAGUUCAAUUGACAAUAAUUGUCAAAUAUAUUGACCAUCUUAGUGACUUGUCACUUCUUCUUGGCGCUCAACAUUUUCCUUGGUGAUUAUCACCCUCAAUACUACCUCUCCUUGAAAAUUGGCCUAAAAUUCUUUUUUGGCACUUUCCAGUUUACCUCAUUCUCUUUAACUUUUCGUCCUAUUAAUUUUGUGGACUUGGUUAAUAGAAGCAAUUUAUGGUUACCACGUACACCUUCUGAUAGAUCGUAUACUGUGGCAUCUCAAUCAACUUUUCAUUG